AUGGAUACUGCUCAGUGGCCACAGGAGAUAGUGGUGAAACCUAUAGACGAGAUAGUUACAAAUUCAUGUCCGAAGCCUCCUGCUUUGGAGAGGAAGGCAAGGCCUCAAAAAGAACAAGCCCUCAACUGUCCAAGGUGCAAUUCAACUAACACCAAGUUCUGUUACUAUAACAACUACAGUCUUACGCAGCCUAGGUACUUUUGUAAGACUUGUAGAAGGUACUGGACAGAAGGUGGUUCUCUAAGAAACAUUCCUGUCGGUGGAGGUUCAAGAAAGAACAAGAGAUCAUCAGCUUCUUCUUCUUCAUCUUCUUCAAAGAAACUUCCUGAUCUGAUUACACCACCAAGUUUGUCACAAACUUCUACUCAAAACCCUAAGAUCCACGAAGGCCAAGAUCUAAACCUAGCUUUCCCAUCCACACAAGGUAUUAGAAGUUUCUCUGAAUUGAUUCAAUUACCAAGCAUGAAUGAAAACAACAACAAGAACCCAAUAUCUUCCUCUACUUCUGCAUCCAUUACUACAUCCCAACUUUCAGCUUUGGAGCUGUUAACUGGAAUCUCUUCAAAGGGUUUGAAUUCUUUUCCUAUGCCAGUUCAUCAAGAUCCAAGCACACUUUACACAUCAGGUUUUCCUCUUCAAGAUUUCAAGCCAACCUUGAAUUUCUCUCUGGAUGGGCUUGGAAGUGGUUAUGGGAGUCUCCAAGGGGUUCAAGAAACUAGCGGAAGACUUUUGUUUCCAUUUGAAGAUUUAAAGCAAGUUUCAAGCACAGCUGAUAUUGAGCAAAAUAAAGAGCAUGGUGAUUCUACAGGAUAUUGGACUGGAAUGUUAGGUGGAGGAUCAUGGUAA